CCGUCCUGCCACUUGACCGCCGGGCGCCUAGCUCAGCUGCUUCUGCGGGCUGCGAGGAGCCGGAUGUUGCGGGCUAGGUGGCUCCGGGGCGCCGCGGCGCUGGCUCUGCUGCUGGCGGCCCGAGUGGUGGCGGCGUUCGACCCCAUCACCGUGGGCCUAGCCAUCGGGGCUGCGUCGGCCAUCACCGGCUACCUGUCCUACAAUGACAUCUACUGCCGCUUCGCCGAGUGCUGCCGCGAGGAGCGGCCGCUCAACGCUUCGGCUCUCAAGCUGGAUUUGGAGGAGAAGCUGUUUGGACAGCAUCUAGCCACGGAAGUGAUUUUCAAGGCGCUGACUGGCUUCAGGAACAACAAAAAUCCCAAGAAACCACUGACCCUUUCCUUACACGGCUGGGCUGGCACAGGCAAGAAUUUUGUCAGUCAAAUUGUGGCUGAAAAUCUUCACCCAAAAGGUCUGAAGAGUAACUUUGUCCACCUGUUUGUAUCGACUCUGCACUUCCCUCAUGAGCAGAAGAUAAAACUGUACCAGGACCAGUUACAGAAGUGGAUCCGCAGUAAUGUGAGUGCAUGUGCGAACUCUGUUUUCAUAUUUGACGAGAUGGAUAAAUUGCACCCCGGGAUCAUUGACGCAAUCAAGCCGUUUCUAGACUACUACGAGCAGGUUGACGGAGUGUCUUACCGCAAAGCCAUCUUCAUCUUUCUCAGCAAUGCAGGCGGGGACCUUAUAACUAAGACGGCUCUUGACUUUUGGCGGGCUGGAAGAAAGAGGGAAGACAUUCAGCUGAAGGACCUGGAACCUGUACUGUCUGUCGGAGUCUUCAAUAACAAACACAGUGGCCUGUGGCACAGUGGACUGAUCGACAAAAACCUCAUUGAUUACUUUAUCCCCUUCCUGCCUUUGGAAUACAGACAUGUGAAAAUGUGUGUGAGGGCCGAGAUGAGGGCCCGUGGUUCUGCUAUAGAUGAAGACAUUGUCACAAGAGUGGCAGAGGAAAUGACGUUUUUCCCCAGAGAUGAGAAAAUCUACUCAGACAAGGGCUGCAAGACUGUGCAGUCACGGCUUGAUUUCCACUGAGCUCCUAUCCAGAUGGGGUAGGAGACAGCUGGGAGGCUCCGCACACCAGAGGCCUUGCCUUUCAAAAGAACCCUGAAGACCGCUUUGGGGUUUCGCCUGUUUGCACCUUAGACUUUUGGGAUAUACAAUCUUUUUUUCUGAGACGAGGUCUCACUCCGUCAUCCAAGCUGGAGUGCAGUGGUGCGAUCCUCAACUCACUGCAACCUCCGCUCCUGGUUUGAGUGAUUCUCAUGCCUCAGCCUCCUGAGUAGCUGGGAUUACAGGCAUGAGCCACUGUGCCCAGCUGGGAUACAGAAUCUAAGAGUUCAUUUUGGAAAACACAUGAAUCUAUUGCAUGCAUUUGUCAUUUAGCAAGAUGACGACAGUCCAGCUGUUCUUUGCAGCUGAAGAUGAACUUUUAAAAAUCUCCUUCACACUUAAUGUACUGACUGUGACAGAAGUGCCUGCAAACAGCUGUGCAUGGCAGGCCCGGCAGUAGUUUCUGACCCACAGCACCCGCCACCUCAGAAGCUACUGUCAGAACUAAAGGAGUCCAGGGACUUGCUGCAGGCUGGGGGGCACUGGGUUCCCACUGGCAGGCUGGGGGGCACUGGGUGGUUUCACCAGCAGGCUGGGGGGCACUGGGUUCUCACUGGCCAAAAACAUCCUUUUGCUCUGUUUCGUUCUUUAUACAGAGUUCACUAGUCAGUUAAAAUCGGGGGUGGAGGUGCAGACAGUGUCUGACUGGAGGAUAUGGCUGUGCCCGCUGAGCACUCAUGAUCUGAGCUGACCUGUCUGUGGGUGGGGCCUUCACCUAAGACCUCUGCAACAGACCUGGACAGAGGUCCCUCCCGUCUGCCAUAUCUCAGCUUGGCUCUCUGCUAGAGUCCCCCCAACCAUAUAUCAUCAUAGAGUUGAAUCACAAGGAGACCGUUGGCUUUGAAUUUGAGUCGUUGGUUCCCAUGGUGAGAUGCUUGUUAAGACUUUAUACUUGGGUCAAUCUCUCACUUUAUUUUGUAGAACCAUUUGAAAUCCUAGGAUGUGCUUGUUCUGCAAGGAUGACAUGGGCCCAGAGUGAACAAGUCAGCUUGCAGAUCUUAAAUGAUGGAAGUAUAGGAAAUUGCUUAUUUUAAAACAAGGGAAGGACACAAAAUGGAAUGACUGCUUAGUCCUUUCUCAUAUACUCUUAAAACAAUUUUUUAUUGUUAAAUUUGUGGUAAUACAUGGUCACAACCGUGGAUCAAACAAGGUCAGUCUAAAGUGGCAGGUCCUAGGUGUGACCUGAUACCACCACCCUUGGUGGCAGCACCAGGCUGGACUGCCCUGAUCCCUGGGACGUGAGACUUAGCUUCCAGCCAGUGUGAAUCAUUUUAUCUGUCUCAUAAUCACAGCACAGCUGCAGACACAACAACGUGCAGCAUUUUUUACAUAAAAAUAUGGUAGAAUUAAUUUAUGACAUGGAAAUGCCUUACAGGGUAUCACACUUAGUCUUGAAAAAACACCAAGGUGACGUUUAAAAUUUUAAGUACGUAUCCUCGAAUUGGAGCUAAGUUAUACUUCUUUUAUAACCUUUUGGGCAUCUGGUUGAGAGGAGACAAGAUUUUCUCUGUUUACAGUGAUGCAAUAAAUAUGUGUUUGCCACCUUUGGA